AUGUCAUUCAGGAGAAGGACCAUCAUUAAGUUUACAGCAUCAAGUGCAGCAUCCCGUUUCAGCUUUCAUUCAUUUCUUUCACGAGGCUUUCAUCUGAGAGACUCCUUUUGCAAAACUUGCAAGGCUUUCAUUCUGAGAGCUGUCAUUUCCUUUCUGCAAGGCUUUCAUCUAGAGACUCCUUUCUGCAAAGCUUUCAUCUGGACUCCUUUCUGCAAGGCUUUCAUCAUUUCUUUCUGCAAGGCUAGACUCCUUUCUGCAAGGCUUUCAUUUAAGAGACUUCUUUCUGCAAGGCUUUCAUCUAAGAGACUCCUUUCUGCAAGGAUUACAUCAAAGGGAUUUCAUUCUGCAAAGCUUUCAUCUGAGAGACUCCUUUCUGUAAGGCUUUCAUCUAAGAGAUUUCUUUCUGCAAGGCUUUCAUCUAAGAGAUUCCUUUCUGCAAGGAGUUCAUUUGAGAGACUCCUUUCUGCAAGGCUUUCAUCUGAGAGACUCCUUUCUGCAAGCUUGUCUUCUAAGAGAUUCCUUUCUGCAAGGCUUUCAUCUAAGACACUACUUUCUGCAAGAUUCUUUCUGCAAGGAUUUCAUCUAAGGGACUCAUUUCUGCAAAGCUUUCAUCUGAGAGACUCCUUUCUGCAAGGCUUUCAUCUAAGAUAUUCCUUUCUGGAAGGCUGUCAACUAAGAGAGUCCUUUCUGCAUGGCUUUCAUCUAAGAGACUCUUUUCUGCACGGCUUUCAUCUAAGAGACUCCUUUCUUCAAGGCUGUCAUCUAAGAGAUUCCUUUCUGCACGGAUUUCAUCUGAGAGACUUCUUUCUGCAAGGCUUUCAAUUGAGAGACUCCUUUCUGCAAGGCUUUCAUCUAAGAGACUUUUCUGUAAGGCCUUCAUCUGAGAGAUUCCUUUCUGCAAGGCUGUCAUCUAAGAGACUCCUUUCUGCAAGGCUUUCAUUUGAGAGACUACUUUCUGCAAGCUGUCAUCUAAGAGAUUCCUUUCGGAAAGGCUGUCAUCUAAGAGAUUCCUUUCUGCAAGGCUUUCAUUUGAGAGACUCCUUUCUGCAAGGCUGUCAUUUAAGAGACUUCUUUCUGCAAGGAUUUCAUCAAAGAGACUCCUUUCUGCAAGGCUUUCAUCAAAGGGAUUUAUUCCUGCAAAGCUUUCAUCUGAGAGACUCAUUUCUGCAAGGCUGUCAUCUGAGAGACUCCUUUCUGCAAGGUUUUCAUCUAACAGAUUCUUUUCUUCAAGGCUUUCAUCUGAGAGACUCCUUUCUGGAAGGCUUUCAUCUAAGAGACUCCUUUCUACAAGGCUUUCAUCUAAGAGAUUCCUUUUUGCAAGGCUUUCAUCUAAGAGAGUUCUUUCUGCAAGGCUUUCAUUUGCUUUCAUCUGAGAGACUCCUUUCUGCAAGGUUGUCAUCUAAGAGAUUCCUUUCUGCAAGGCUUUCAUCUAAGAGACUCGUUUCUGCACGGCUUUCCUCUAAGAGCCUCUUUUCUGCAAGGCUAGUCAAAUUGAAAACGCGUGGACGAUGA